AUUACGAGUGAUUGAGAGUACAGUCUCGUUUGUCAGCGGUUUUCCACAAAGGAAAAAGCUAACGUGAGGAGUCUGGAAACCAUUUUGUCAAUCAAAAAUGGCGGACGACACUUAAAGUCUUCUCGCAGACGGAUGAAAGAUUGAAGUCCGAAAGAAAAUGUAGACUUUCAAAUAUAGCCAAGCAUGGGACAAGAUCAAAGCAGUAGUUUGGCAGGUCAGAUGGGUCAUCCAAAUGUACCCUAUACGAAGUAUUCUGUGGAGAAAAAUGACGACACUAAAUCGAAGACGAAACAGAGAGCCAAGCUGGAAGACAUUAUGGUUGUCAAUGCCCCAACUGGAACCACGAAAAUUGUUUCCAAAAAGGAAGAUCGCGACAUUAAAAAACUAAACAAUAUACCAUUUUUUUAUCCACUACUUCGAGGUACGAUAAAUGCCCCUGCGAGCAAAGAUUUGGAAUUCUUUGAUAAAUUCGACCCUCGUCCCGGUUUGUCUUUGUGUUUGAGGUAUGAAAAACACUUAAAGCAAUGUGCGGAAGCCGUGUCGUUUGAUCAACACAUGCUCUCGUCACAGAUUCGAGAAAUGGAUGUUUACUGUGUUUCAGUUCUACGAAGGGUAAACGACAGGUAUAAGAGAUUAUCCCAGGCAGCUGUGCAGCUGAAGAAAGUCGAAGAAAUGAGCGCCAACCUCAAGAGGAUUGAUGCUAAUCUUAAACGGCUUGUACCUAUGAUGGAAAGACUAAAUAACAUUUUGCCAGAAGAAGAACGAUUGGAAGAGUUUUCUUUAUCUCCCUACAGUACAGGGAGUAUACAACAAAGUUGACAGAUCUGAGAUUAUGUAAGGCUUGGGCACGGGCAAAAUCGACGUUUGACAGAUUACACCCCUCGCCCCACUCCAAACUAGUGCUACUUAAAUUACAACAGGCAUUCUCUCAUGCUGCACACAAUACUGGUGGGUUCUACUGAGUAGAUCCCAGGCCAUCUUCCUUAAUGGUAAAUUUCAUAUUCUAUGCUCAUUCAGUGGGGAAUAAAAAGUCAAGAACGGACUUGCAGUAAAAUAUCACUUUGCAUUGUAGAGUGCACUGAUCACUGGCACUGUAAAGCAAACUGCUGCAGUGAUACUUUUUUCCCCAUUUUCUAUAUUUAAACCCAGACUGUUGUUCUAUUGACUUAUGAAUUCCCUUUUGAAUGAGCCCUAUUUUCACUGAAAUUUCCUGGCGGGAUCUACUGCAGUGUACUAUAAAAGGAGGGGGG